AUGUCAAGCAGCAGUCUUUCAUUGAAUGCCCCAAAAAUUUUCACUGGCGAAAACUACCAAAUUUGGUUAGUGAAAAUAAAAUCAUAUCUUCAAGCCUAUGAUCUGUGGGAAGUUGUAGCAGAUGAUACACCAUUACAACCACUCCCUGAAAAUCCUAUUGUUGCUCAAAUUAAAUCUCAUUCAGAUGAAAAGCUCAAAAAAUUCAAAGCCAAAACUGUAAUUCAAAAUUCAGUUGCAGAUUCGAUUUUUUCUAAAAUCAUUGCUUGUGAGACAACAAAUGAAGCUUGGGAAAAGCUAAAAAAAGAAUAUCAAGGAAGUGAUCGAGUUAGACAAAUGCAAAUUUUGAAUUUGAAAAGAGAUUUUGAAUCUCUUAGAAUGCAAGAGGAUGAAACUAUUGCUAAGUAUUCUGAAAAGAUUUCUUUGCUUGUCAGUAAAAUCAGGUUACUUGGCGAGGAUUUUAAAGAUGACAGAAUAGUUGAAAAAAUUCUUGUGACAAUUUCGGAGAGAUUCGAGUCUAAAAUCUCAUCUCUGGAGGAGUCUAAAAAUCUCUCUACUAUCUCUGUUGAAGAACUAAUAAGUGCUCUUCAAGCACAAGAGCAAAGAAGAUCUUUCAGACAAGACAAUGCCACUGAGAGUGCCUUUAAUGCACAAAACAAAAAAGGAAAAGGUCAUGUUACAAAAGUGUGCAAGCUUAAAAACAAUCCUCAAGUACAAUUUGCGGAAGCAGAAAUUGAGGAGGAACGCCUUUUUUAA